AUGUCCAAGACCCAAUUUAAUAUAUUAAAAAAGCAUAAUUAUGAUCCCAAAUUAUUUUUAGAUAAAAUAUUAAGUAAGAAACGAAAGCAGGCUAAGAAAGAAUUGUAUAUAUUAAAAGAUCUUAUAAAAGAAUUAUCUACCAAACCUAAAGCUCCGCAAGAUUUUGUAAUUAGAAAAGAAAAUGCUAUUAAUUUUAACAAUUUGUACAAUAAUAUAAUCUAUGCAGAAACUCAAAAUGAAAUUAUAAAUUGGAAAGUUAUAACUAGCUAUUAUCUUUUCAGUAAAGCACUUGAGAAUAGAUAUAAUUACUAUAAAAAAAGUAAUCCUAAGUGA